ACACGGAACCAACAGAUCCAGUUGAUGUCUUGUCCCGCUUCUGGGUAACUCACCAGCCAGGCAAAGUCAACCCUUUUGGGGGGCGUUUUUGGGGGAGGAUACACCCAUCAUCCAGUACAGCAAACAUGUUGCUCGAACACCCGGGUUCGAGUUGUCAGAACAACGGCAAUUUCUCUCGCUACAGCGCAGGCCAAGAGAUCCCAGUGUGUGCGGGCUGCAACCAGCACAUCGUGGACCGCUUCAUCCUCAAAGUGCUGGAGCGUCACUGGCACGGCAAGUGCCUUAAAUGCACUGACUGCCAGACACAGCUGGCCGACAAGUGCUUCAGCAGGGGGGACAGCGUUUACUGCAAAGAAGACUUCUUCAAGAGGUUCGGGACCAAAUGUGCUGCGUGUCAGCAGGGCAUCCCGCCCACGCAGGUGGUGAGGAGAGCUCAGGACUUCGUUUACCACCUGCACUGCUUCGCCUGCAUCGUGUGCAAGAGGCAGCUAGCCACAGGGGACGAGUACUACCUGAUGGAGGACAGCAGGCUGGUGUGCAAGGCCGACUACGAGACCGCCAAACAGAGAGAAGCCGACUCAACCGCGAAAAGGCCCCGAACGACCAUCACGGCCAAGCAGCUGGAGACCCUAAAGAACGCUUACAAUAAUUCUCCCAAGCCAGCCCGCCACGUCCGGGAGCAGCUCUCCUCCGAGACGGGCCUGGAUAUGCGGGUCGUGCAGGUUUGGUUCCAGAACAGGCGGGCCAAAGAAAAGAGGCUGAAAAAGGAUGCCGGGCGCCAAAGAUGGGGACAGUACUUCAGAAACAUGAAGAGGUCACGAGGAAGCUCCAAGUCGGACAAAGACAGCAUUCAAGAGGAGGGCAUGGACAGCGACGCAGAGGUGUCCUUUACAGAUGAACCACCUAUGUCCGAGCUAGGCCACACCAACGGCAUCUACAGCAGCAACUCUCCAGCCAUGGGGGGCCGCCAAGGAGCCAACAACCACACCUCCUUCCCCUUGGAGCACGCCGUCAUGCCCUCUCAAGACCAGUUCCAUGACAUCCGCUCAAACAGCCCCUACGGCCUGCCUCAGUCACCAGGGUCCUUGCAGGCGCUACCCCGCCACCAACCUCUCAUCAACAGCUUGGUCUACCCCGAAUCGGGUCUGUCCAUCCUGACUCAAGGUGGGGGAAUCAACCCUGCCGUGAGGGUCUCGAUGGGCGCAGCCAAUGGCCCCAGCUCGGACCUCUCCACUGGAAGCAGCGGAGGAUACCCGGACUUCCCUGCUAGUCCUGCCUCCUGGUUGGACGAAGUGGACCACGGACAGUUUUGAUCCCUUGACAGGAAACUGGACUUUUAUGAUGGACUCUUUUCUUUUGGUCUUCUGUUGGGUAUUAAGGACUGUAAACUAGUCAAACAGUGGCUGUAUGAAAGACUGGUGCUGGUUUGAUUUUCACUAGAAUCCAGUUCGUUUGGAUCGAGGACAACCUUCAAGAAAAGCACUUGGCCGAGCCAGCUCAUUUGUAUGAAUAUUGCCGUUUUCGGGGCAACGUGAAGACCACUUCCUCGAUUCCUCCCACUGCUUUUUUUUGUUGUCUACGGUGUUGAGGUACAGAAGUCUUUAAAUGUCUGGAUGUUGCCAAAUGUCAAUAUAUAAAUAUACAUAAAGAUAUAAUGGUUUAUCAUUGUGGAGACUUUAUUUUUAUACGAGGCCCUUGUAGAACCAUGAAAGGGUGAAUCCAGCUAGGCGGGACUUUGUACAUUCUUCAGACGUAGAGGCUAAAAAUGUAGAUGUCCUAGGGGUCCACUUACAUCACUCUAUGCAUUUGUGUGUCUUGUUCUACUCAAAACAAAAACCCUGAGGAGGUGCUUUCCGUAGCGCUCCAGGGCUGUGAUGUAAAUGUUUGUUUAUGUGGAAAAUGUUUUAUGUCUUAUUUAUUCCUUCUGAUGAUUACUUGCUUAUUAUGAUGAUGACCAUUCCUGAUUACUGAUGCAGGACUUUAAUAAAUUAAUAAAUUUGUCACCUGAACA